AUGUUGACCUACGACCAAACUGCCCCGUCGCUGUACGGCGCACAGCCGACUAGCACCAACCUGGUGCCCGUCAUGCCCGCCACCAACGGCCUGCGCGCACAGCCGCACCACCGCCACAUCUGGAUCAUCACCGGCCCGGCCGGCUGCGGAAAGAGCACGGUCGGCAAGCACAUCGCAGACUCGCUGGAGCUGCCCUACAUCGAGGGCGACGAGUACCACCCCAAGGCCAACAUCGAGAAGAUGGGCAACGGCAUUCCCCUGACGGAUGCAGACCGCUGGGACUGGCUGAUCCUGCUCCGCGAGCAGUCUGUGCGCGAGCUGGAAACCGGCGCGUCGGGCGUCGUGGUGACUUGCAGUGCGCUGAAGAAGAAGUACCGCGAUGUCAUCCGCGUCGCCUCGUACAACAACGUCAAGGUCGUCGUCCACUUUGUCUACCUCCAGGCCACCGAGGAAAUGCUGAUGGCCCGCGUGCGCGCCCGCCCCGGCCACUACAUGAAGGACAACAUGGUGCGCAGCCAGUUCGAGAGCCUGGAGGAGCCGGACCACGACGAGCUGUCCAAGGAUGUCCUCGCUGUCGACGUCAGCGGGACCAUGCCGCAGGUCCAGGCGCUCGCCCUCGGGCUCGUGCAGGAGGUGCUGAAGCAGGACUCGCUGCCGACGGCGGCAUGA